AACAUUACCUCUCCAGGUGACUUAGCCGGUGUGACGCAGCAGCUUUCCAAGCAGAUUAAGCAGGCAGAGGCUCUCCUUUCCAGCUCUGCCUGCCAGCUUUUGUUAUUAGUUAGUAGCAGAAGCACAACCUUCAGCCAGCUGCACUGGAGAGCUCCAGCCUGUUUUGGUUGCCUUGCCACUGUCCGUGCUGCUGCCCUGAGGAAUGUCCUUGCUGUCACCGGGGGAUGAGGCUGAACCCGAGCGCUUCGAUGGGCUUUCUCUCCUGUACUGGACUAUCAUGGGCCCUCAUGGGAUCAAUCGAGCUGUCCACCGCAUUUCUUUUUCUGAUUGUCAGAAUGGAUUAGGAGUUAAAAUCAUUGGAGGCUACCGGGCACAGACAGCAGAAGACUAUGGGAUUUUCAUCAAGAGAAUCCUGCCUGGAGGGGUUGCUGCUGUAGACAGCCGUUUGCUGGCUGGGGACCUGAUUUUGGAUGUCAAUGGAGAAAACUUGGUUGGAGUCACCAACGAGAGGGCCGUCGACAUCCUGCGCACGGCGUCGGCAUCCAACCACAUGUCUCUGCUGGUUGCUAGAGAUGAAGAAGCAAAGAAAGAAUUCCAUGACCUGAUGGAUAAGUAUGGCUCUCACAGUGACACCAACUCUGCAAGGAGUUCUCCAACACCAGCUGCAAAAUCUCUAGACAGCCCUUCUUCUGGCUCAUCCUCGAGGUCACAGAGCCCUCAGUUGCAUCCAAAGGACAAUGUCACCAUCAGCAGCAGCAGAAAUAAUUCCAUCCCAGCACCGUCCCCAAAGCUUGCAAGGGACAGUGCCUUUCAGAUCAUCUCUGUCUGCAAGGGAACAAGCCUGGGUUUGAGCAUUGUAGGAGGGAUUAACAGAAAUGAAGGGCCCUUGGUGUAUAUCCAAGAAGUGAUCCCUGGUGGGGAUUGUCACAAGGAUGGAAGACUGAAGCCCGGAGAUCAACUUGUAUCCAUAAACAAAGAGUCACUGAUUGGGGUCUCCUAUGAAGAGGCAAAAAGUAUCCUCAACAGGACAAAGAUGAGGUUGGAAAGUUUCUGGGAGAUAGCUUUUAUCAGGCAAAAAGUCAUUCCCAGUUUUCCAGAGAACUUGCAGAGUCCUUCCAGCCUCUUAACAUCUCCUGUAGCACUGGGAGAGCAGCAGGCUACAGCACUUGGUUCUCUUGCAUCUCCUCAUGGCAAGCUUGUUUCAACCUUCACUCCAAAUGCUAUGGAAACUGGAGUCAAGAUGGGAGAGCAAUCUCCACUUCCUUCUCAAGACAGCAGCCCCGCUGAUGUGUCUGCCACUGUUAUUGCCCCCAGCCAGAAUGAUGAUUAUGAGCUGCAAGGGAGGAACUCCACUCUUCAUCUCAAGGCAGAAAAGCUGGAGAGGGCAUUGAAUUAUCUUGGGAUUCAGCCCACAAAUGAACAGCAGCAAGCCCUAAGGCAGCGACUUCAGAACGAGUCUAAAGGAGCAGUGUCUUUUGGAGAUUUUGGUGAAGUUUCAAGGAAUCUGUUCUCUAUGCAACUGAAUGCAGCAGAAGACCACCAAAAGUCAUUUGGGGCCAAUGAAACUGGCAGCUUGCUGGACUCCCAGUCCCCACAGUCUGCAACCUGUGAGUCUUUGGAGGAAGAAAUGGAAAAGCUUAAGAAAGAAAGAAGUGAAACCUUAAAAGAGAUCAGCAAAUUAAAGGAAAAAUUGUCUGAAUCUGUGCAUUUACAGAAACAGUUAACAGAGGAGCUGCAAAUGGUCAAGCAAGAAGCCAAGGCAGCCGUGGAGGAGACAAGAGCCCUGAGGAGCAGGAUUCACCUUGCAGAAGCUGCUCAGAGGCAGGCUCGGGGCAUGGAGCUGGACUAUGAAGAAGUGAUUGGGCUGCUGGAAGCUGAAAUUGUGGAGCUGAAGGCUCAGCUCUCUGAGCACAGUGGCCAGAAUAAAGACACCAUCCAGGACCUGAGAAAGAGAGUGACAGUGCUGGACUGCCAGCUGCGGAAGUCAGACUCUGCCAGGAAGACCUUUGAGGUGGCUACUGAGAAGCUGCUCCAGUUUGUAGAGGUUGUGCAUGAAGUGCUCGCAGAUACCUCUGCUUCCUCGACUCUUUUAAGUGACAGGAGAACCACACUGCCUGCUAAAGCCCUGCUGGCACGGCUGGGAAGGGUUGGACCUCCUCUCACAGCAGCUCUUGCGGCAGAAGCCAGAGACCUUGCCAAGUCCGUCCGUGCCGUCGUGGAAGUAGACUGUCUGCCUUAUGGAUGGGAAGAAGCUUACACAGCAGAUGGGAUCAAGUACUUUAUCAACCACGUGACACAGACAACCUCCUGGAUUCAUCCUGUCAGCAGCGCCCUGAGCUUCCUCUGCUCUGAGGAGGAAGAGGAUGCAGCCAGAGAGCUUCCUGGACCCAAGAGCUGAGGGGCUGUGCUGACAGGGAGUAGUCUGUGUAGUUCCCAUUCCUUAGGAUACACUUUUGCAUCUAGCCACUUCCUAGUCUCAUGUGACAGCACCUGGAGGCGUUUCUCCCCUUCCAGCCAGAGGAACUUCUGCCGGUUUGGGGCUGGGUUUGUUGCUGCCUGCUACAAAAGAGGCAGGAGCUGCAGAAGCCUCCCUUCAGUCCUGAACCUGUCCUAGUUUGGUCUGCAGGGAUCAGUCUUUUCCAGCCUUUUCAUGGCUUCCCUGUUGGCAUAGCAUCCCAGACCUGGAGUGGAGCUUUGACCAGCGUGAGAGUUAAGAGGGGACCCUGGGUGGGAAUUCCAGGGGGUAGUGGUUCACAGCAU